AUGGGAACUGCAACAGGCGAACUCACAGACACUCAGAAAAUCCAAAAAAAUAAACUGGACUUCAAGGUAAAGUCACUUAAUGAUAUUUAUCAAGAAUUGUUGCAGUCAGCCGAGAACAUUGGCGGUCUCACAGUUAAGGAGUUGGACGGCCAGGAGAAAAUCAUCGAAGGAGAAUGGAAUGAAUUGCUCAUCAUCCAAGACAAACUCAGCGAGACCCUCCUGCCAACUCAUCAACAUAUUAUUCAGAGCACGUAUGAGAGGGCUUCCACGCUGAAGAAAACCUGCCUCACACUCAUCUAUCAGCUCAAGGGAAUCAUCAAGAAGAGAGAAUCAACGAAGGGGAAGCAGUUCAGCGACCUGUUCCAGUCACUGGUGAUAAAAGAUGAUUCAAUUCCUCCACUGCAAAAGCUAGUACACCUCAGGGAAGCUCUCAAGGGACAGGCAGCAAAUCUCAUCGACACCUUCACGGUGACCGAUGAGAAUUAUGAGGCCUGGCAGAAGCUAAUCACCAAGGCAACUGUGGAGAACCUCAACGCCCAUGCAGCGACAGCCCUUGAGACGAGAGUUCAGCUGAUCACUAUCACAGGCUUGUCCAAGGAGAGCGUCAGUGAGCAGAUGAUCGUUCAUCUAUUGACGAAGUCCCUGGAUGCAGAGACUCUCAGAGCAUGGGAAUUGAAGCUAGGAGAUUCCAAAGACUUCCCAACACUGGAGGAGUUCACCGGCGUCGUUGAAUCUUGCGCAAGAGGAAUCAAUGCUGGAGCCAAGCUGACCACCGAGCCUCUAACAUCACCAGUCAAGAAGCGAGGAGCAAGUCAACGUCAGAGAAAUGCUCACCUAGCAGUAACUCAACAGGGGGAGCCAGAAGAGCCCACCAGACUGCUCCCCAAGGAGCACUGUGCCUACUGCAAGGGACCACAUUUCAUCGCGAACUGUCAGAGGUUCGUCGACCUGUCCCCCAUCAAGAGGAAUGAGUUCGUGGUCAGCAGAAGGCUCUGUUUCAACUGCUUGGGCCCACAUCUAUUCGCAAAGGGCAGGUCCACCAAGACGUCCUUCAGCUGCAAGUGCAGGCAUCACACGCUCAUCCAUGGUGGAAGCACAUACACCAACGGCAGAGAAGCUGAGCAGGCAGCUCUAGUGGACCCACCAAGAGGAGAAAAUCCACAGACGUUCCAACCAGGAACGAGCUGGGCUGAGUCAUCCAGAGCAUCACCAACACGACUCAUCACCAAUCAGGCGAUAAGUACUUCAAAAUCGCCUGUCAUCAAAGAGGAAACCACCAAGCAGCCAAUCAUCGAGCAGAGCAGUCAUCAUUCAGCAGCUGAUCAGCAAUAUGUACUUCUUGCAACAGCCCAAGUACGAGGACAAUCUCCAAAGGGCUUCCUUCUCAAAGCAAGGGCGCUCAUCGAUCAAGGCUCAGAGUUAUCGUUUAUCUCUGAGGAAUUAGUACAUCAACUACAACUCUUACGGACGUCAUCAAAAAUAGAGUUAAUCGGAAUAGGAGAGACCAACUCAGGUCACACGAGGGGAGCAGUAUCAGUACUGCUUCAAGCAGUCGAUGGAUCAAAGCAAGUGAAAAUCAAUGCUCACAUACUCAAGAAACUCACGGUCAAGCUACCAUCAUUCUCGUGCUCACCAACAUGGAUCGACCCUCCACAAGGUCUUCAACUAGCCGAUCCAGUUUAUCUAAAACCUGGUCCAAUAGACACCAUCAUAGGGGCUGACAACUAUGGGCGGAUCAUCAAAAGCAGAGUCAUACUAACAGGGCCAAUCGAAUGCAGUGGGUGUUUACCAAGGGUUUCUCUAUCGGCCGUAAAGGAAUCUUCAAACGAGCAACUACAAGAGCUUCUCCAAAGAUUUUGGCACCAGGAGGAAUUACCAAAAAAUUCCAACUCAUCAGCAGAGCUAUUACCAGAUGAAAUCGAGUGUGAGAAAUUCUUCAAGUCCACACAUACCAGAGAUGACACUGGGCACUACAUCGUCAGACUUCCUCUACGGACCUCACCAACAGCGCUCGGAGGGUCUAAAUUCAAGGCCUCACGUCAACUCCUGUCAGCUGCACGGCGUCUCCAGACAGACGAAUCAUAUUCCCAGCUCUACAGAGAAUUCGUCAACGAGUAUGAGGCACUGGGACACAUGCGCAAAGCACCAGAAGGACCAGAACCCGUCACAGCAUACUAUCUACCGCAUCACGGGGUUCUGAGAGAAGACGCACUCACCACGAAGCUGAGAGUUGUCUUCAACGGCUCAAGUCCUCGCUCAUCAGGAUUAUCUCUCAAUGAUAUCCUUCAUCCGGGUGAGAAACUACAAGUUAUUACCAUGAACGUAUUAACAUGGCUCAGAAAACACAGAAUUGUUUUCGGAACGGACAUUGUCAAGAUGUUCAGACAGAUUCGAGUGCAUCAAGACAAUUGGGAUCUCCAGAGAAUUCUGUGGAUCAACGAAAAUCAGCAGCAGAUCACCUAG